AUGGGAAAUUGGUUGUCUAAAAUUCUUAAUGUGAAAAAAGAAACAAGAAUCCUUAUGAUUGGAUUAGAUGCAGCUGGAAAAACUACAAUUCUUUAUAAACUAAAGAUUGGUGAUCUUGUUACAACAAUACCAACUAUUGGGUUUAAUCUAGAGACUGUUGAUUAUAAGAACCUUCAUUUUAAUAUUUGGGAUAUUGGAGGACAAAAUAAAUUAAGACCUUUAUGGAGAUACUAUUAUUCUGGUACAAAUGCAAUAAUUUUUGUUGUUGAUUCUAAUGAUGAUAGUGAACGUUUAGAAGAAGCAAGAGUUGUUUUGUUCAAUGUUCUUAAUGAUGACUAUUUAAAAGGUGUUCCUUUACUUAUUUUUGCUAAUAAACAUGACCUUCCUCGUGCUAAAAGUGUUAGUGAAAUUGCAAAAGGUUUAAUGUUAUCAUCAAUAAAAGAUAGAGAGUGGUAUUGUCAAACUUCAUGUGCAACAAAUGGAGAUGGUCUUUAUGAAGGUCUUGAUUGGCUUUCAUCAAAACUUGAAUAA